CUGCCGGUCUCCGCAUGUGCUCCGCAUUGACAUGCACAUCCACUAGCUCCGCUCCUCUUUCACCCUCGCAAUGUAUCGCAAUCUUUGUCAAACAAUCAUAUCAACUCGAUUACUAUGCUGUCACCAUACUCCUCAGGCUACCUACCAUUGACUUUAAUGGCUUCGGGAGCCCUACUUGUCGUCUCUUUAAUUGGCUGCGAGAUUGACUCAUCCAUAAUCUGACGCGAUACCUUUUGGGGGCGGGCCAAGAGGGCAUCACCGCCUUUAUAAAGCCAGCAACACUCACAUCGAGGUUGGAGCGGAAUCUAGGAUCCUAAACUCCUCCACCUGACGACCAUGGCUCUGACAAGCCUACCUCCGGAGCUACUGCAAAUGAUAGCUCGCUACAUCACAGACAACCGGGAGGGCAGAUUGCCACGGGCCUCAACACUAAACAAUAUCUAUGCACUGGCUCGCACUUGUCGCGCAACCUACCGUCAGCUAUGUUGGAGUUUGUAUCGCUACGAUGCCGAUAGAGGGCAUAGCUUCGCGCUUGUCUGGGCUGCCGUGACGAACAACCCUCAGACUGUAAGAUUAUCUCUGGCUGGUGGUGGCAAUACUCAAGCGACGAAUCAACACGGUCAGUCUCCGCUGUGGCUAGCAGCUCGCCGAGGACAUCGGGAGAUUGUGGAGAUCCUGCUAGACUACGGUGCAGAUAUCGAGAUCAGGAAUCCGGUAGGCCUUACUCCUCUUAUGAUCGCAGCCCGCGAGGGACAGUGCGAGAUUAUCAUGGUAUUACUUGCUCGAGGGGCAAACCACGCAGCUCAAACUCGAAAUCACUCUACCCCUCUUCUUUGGGCAAUACGGGCUGGUAUGAUAGAUGCUGUGAAGAUACUCAUCGAACACGGGGCCCAGCUUCCCGAGCCAAAAACAACCCCCUGGCGACGAUGGGCUUUGGCCGCGUACUGUGCCGGUCCUGAUAGGUGGGAUGACGUUCCCGAGAUUCAAAGACUGAUGGAAUCAAGCCAUGAUGGAAACCAAAACAAGCUUUUAUUAGAAAACCCCCUUCGGCAUGCUAUCCAGUAUCAGUUCCUCCCAUUGUCCACCUUUUUCCUUGAUCAGUGCAUUACCCCGAUGGGCGAUCUCGGCUCAUUCUUUGGAUCCUGUCCAGCCAAUGAAGCUGUGCACGACAAAUCCAGCUAUGGAAUCGAGCGAUUCUGGGAGCGCGGAAAUGUAAGGAGACAAUGGUAUUACUUUGGACGCCCGGAGGAAAAACCGAUAUGGUGGGCUGUAUUUCAUGGCGAAGAGCAAAUCGUGGAGAAGAUGUUGAAACGUGGAGCAGAAGUCAACUCUGUUACCCACUGGUCCACCAGGAAAGAGCCGAGGAAUCUGAUCUCACUUGCUCUAGUCCGAGGAUACUACGGAAUUGUCGAACUCCUGCUGGACUAUGGGGCCGAUCCGAAUUACCGAUUCCGGGAUGGGUCCCUGCUCACCAGAGUGCUCCGACUUGGAAAUGAACGGUUGGUGAUGAAGGUCUUGCUGCGCUUGAAGAGCCUUGGUGCCCUCAACAUCACUAACGGCGGAAGUCUGCUUGCCAUAGCGAUUGGGAAACAAAAUGCGAUUCUGGUCAAAAUGCUGCUUGAAUUUGGCGUCAAUCCAGAUGCCGAGGUGUUCUAUCAAAGAGGCACCGAAAGCAGCCGCAGGUUCAAGAGUCCAUUGUCCAUGGCUAUUCAAAUUGGACAUCAGGACUCGGUGGACACGUUGCUUGAAUAUGGGGCAUUGUAACCGCGUUGUAAGAAGGUAGACUUACCCCCGUGUAAUGUUGGACUGACAUGGCAUGGAUGAAUUUGAG